AGCUAGCCAUUUCAGAAGCAAGAACAAAGUGCAAGAAGAAUUUGAUAGCGUACAAUUAUGGCAUCAUCAAUAGGACCAUGGAUGGGUGGUGGACGUCGUAGAGAUUGGGAUGUUGGAUUUAGCAGCCCAUUUUCUUCAGAUAUAUUGUUGGAUCCUUUUGAUAUUGGUGGAUUAGGGUGGAGACGAGGUGGUGGCGAAGAUGAUGUUUCUGCCUUAGCUCAUGCUAAUGUGGACUGGCGUGAAACUGAUAAUGCUCAUAUUUUUCGUGUCGACCUUCCUGGGGUGAAGAGGGAAGAUCUGAAGGUGCAAAUUGAAGAUGACAACAUACUUGAAAUAAGUGGUGAAAGAGUAAAAGAGGAAGAGCAAGGCACCGACAAGUGGCACCGCGUGGAGCGUAGCCGCGGCAGCUUCAGGAGGAGGUUCCGUCUGCCGGAGAAUGCCAACGUGGAAGGCAUAAGUUGUGGCCUUGAGCAUGGAGUUUUGACUGUGAACGUACCCAAGAAAGAAACACAAGAGGUUCCAAGAAAUGUUAGGGCUAUAGAUAUUGUUUAAAUCACUAGUCUUUUGGUUUUGGACUGUAGUAGGUGUGUUACAAGUUUGGUUUUGCUGUCCUUGUGCAUAGUAUGUGUAUAAGUUUGGUAUAUGUAGUGCCUUUAAAUAAGUGAAUGUCAAUGUUGUCAGUUGUACAAAUAUAAAACCUACUUUUAAGGGUUAUCAGUUUCUAGAGUUCAAAAUUCA